UCUUCAAUACCUUUUUCAACAGUAGAAAUGGCGACUUUGCUCGCAGGUGAACAGUAUGGAUUAAAAUCGGAAAAUUCGAAGCCAAAUAAGACUUUCACGUUUGUCAAACUUACGGAUUCGGCAUUGAGAGCAAUAGAAGAAUACCUAAGGAGUCCGAAUAAGAUUAGCCCACAUCCAACUAUCAAGUUCCUAUCAAAAGAAGAAGGGCUUUUGUCAUUCCCGUCGGCACAGCCCAAUAAUGGCCUUACGUUCAAGUUCAGUCUCAACAACGCUGCUGACAGCGAAGGCUCUCAAGGAAGCUUCACAUGCGUUCAACAGAAUGGAGCCCGUGCGCUGGACGCGGUGGGCAUUCUGCAAAGCAAGAUGCAAAUCCACGCCAAGGAGGAUGUCUACGAGGCAACUAGAAAGAACUGGGUCGCGGCUGAGCAGCAGCAGAAGAAGAACUGUACUCGGGUGAUCAAAGUGAACGGCUCUGACAUUGGACGCAAAGUGAAAAAAGUGCAAAAACCCAACAACAACAUCCCAUUAACAAUUCAGAGGCGGGAGCCUUCACCGAAUCCGCCAAUGUACCAAAAAAUGCCGUCAUCAAUGCUCCCUCAACAUGGGUUAGUUCCCAAUCCAUCCAUACCACAUAGACAAAACGCACCCACUGCAAAAAUGAAUGCGUACAAUAAACGUCCACUCAGAGAACGAGUAAUUCACUUGCUUGCGUUGAGGCCAUUCAAGAAAUUGGAAUUAAUUAAUAGGAUUAAUGACGGCGCAAAAAUUAGGGAUAGGAACUCUCUGAGCACGCUACUUAAGCAAGUGGCUCAACUCCGUGAUAACGUCUACCAUCUCAACCACAGCCUGUGGAACGAUGUGCAGGAUGACUGGCCCUUUUACUCUGAACAGGAAAAGCAAUUGCUCAAGCGGCAGAAGCCCCAAAACCUGACCCCUCCCGGCAGCGACGGAGGCAGCUCGUCAGGCUCGGGCCAGUCGCCCGCAAGCACGCACCCUGGCAGUCCGCCCUCCAUAAUCUCAUCAGCCGACCUUUCAGCCAAGCGACCUGGUUACUACGACGGAGCCGACGGAAUCAUUACCAAGAAGCCGCGCAUCUCUCACUACCGCAGGCCGCCAGAGGUUCUCAGCACGCCAGCCAGCACUGCGAAUCGAGCGCCAUCGCCGCUGUCCAGCAUGGUCCCGCGCGGCAUGGACGUGGUCUCACGCGGCAUGGACGCGAAUCCUCGUGGCAUGGACAUGAUCUCGCGGGGCAUGGACAAUAACCCUCGCGGCAUGGAUGUCGUCUCGCGCGGCAUGGAUGUUGUCUCGCGCGGCAUGGACCUUAACUCACGGGGAAUGGAUGUGGUGCCUCGCGGCAUGGAGAUGGACGUGGACAGGCCGAGACGGACGGGCUUUGAGCCUAGAGAGGCGGUCAAGGAGCAGAGGGAAGCCAAGGCGGUUAGUAGAAGCAAUUGCCACAGGACCCCGACCAACAACAGCAGCAACGUGGACAGAGACAGCAGCAGCAAGCCAGCAGUUGCGAUCAACAAACCUGACACCACUACUGCGAAUCCCAGCUACCUCUCGAAAUUUACAACGAUUCGGACUCUAGAACAGCGAAACCAGUACAAGGCUGCUUUCACUGAACACUAUGAUGAGUAUAAGAGGCUCCAUGCUAAGGUGGAGCAGGUUGCUAACAGGUUCAACAGACUACAAGAGCAGCUCAAGAAGGAGAAAUGUGACAGCGAAGGACACAAGAGUCUGAGAAGUCGGAUUUUGAAAGAGUAUGAGGAGAACAAGAGCAACUCGGAGUACCAAAAUGCCAAGCAACGACUCAAUUACCUGCACGAAAUGCUGUCUCACGUGAAGCAACUGGUCCUGGAUUUCGACAAACAGCAGGUGCAGUCCUACUACUGACACACCGAUGCUAAGCUGACCUUGCGAUGGACUGGACUGACUCUUCAUGAUUGCCUUCUUUCUUUUUUUGUAAUGAAGAAAACACAAAAAAAUCAUAAAAAUAGUCCAACUACUGAUUUAAUUAUUCCACAAAUUAAGUGGGGGUUGUGUAAAUUUGUUGGGUUAUGGGGAAGUGAUUUUAAACUUAAAAACGAAAGCAACAAAAAAAGUUAUAAACAAUAAAAACCACAAAAAUGUGCAUAAUUCCAUAAGUGAUCGAUGUGCACUGCAUAUCAAGGCUGUGUGAGUGUGUGCGAUAGAUUCUCAUCAAUUAAUGUAAUUCGGAGAGAUGCCUGACAGGACAACUGGCAACUUUUUCACUCACUUUAUGGACAUUAUGUUGUGCGUUCCCUUUUCUUGCUCACGAUCCGAGUCUGUUGAGGAAAAGGGCAUGUAUUGACAAAGACUUGAUUUAUUCAGUAUUCUGACGUUACUAACAUUGUUUCCACGAUUGAGAUUCUGCCACCGGGGUGCACUUUCCAAACACGGAACUACUUCUUUUUUUUACCUUGAAAUCAUGUAUUUUCACAGACAUCGAUCAGGCAAACUCACUCUUUCUUUUUUGAUGCUACAAGGCAUGUAAUUUGCCACCCUAGAUUUAAGGAUUUGAUGCGUUUUACCAAAUCAAUUUACCAUAGUUAAUGGCCCUUGCUUCUUAGUUUUCGUAAUCAGGGGUGCUUCUAAAAAUCUGAGGUCGGUGAGAGUGGGUCGAAAAAAUUAAUGAUUCAGAGGUGGCACUAUCUCAACCAGGCUGACAACAAACUGGAAUAUUAGCUCUCUCUCCCCCACUUCACGCUAUGUACAUUGUGUCCUAGAUUGAUAAACAUACUUGUCUUUUGCGAGUUGAGCCUCAGUAGUAGGAGCACAAUUGAUUUUAACUUGUUAAUUUGACUGUUGCCAUUUCUGACUCGUGUGUGUAUAUAGUUUCCGGCGCAGUCCUCGACAAGACUGCGUCAGAUCAAUGCUCAAAAUUGUGCAAACAAAAUGACUCUGCUAAGACAGAACGCGAUUAUGUGUCGAUAUGAAAUUCCAAUUGAGCAAAUCUGUUUGAUUUAAACUCGUUACAAGAGGCUACCAACUUAAGCUUUUUUCUGUUUGCCAUACUGGUAACUAAAUUAAUCAGGAGCCGAGCAGGGUAGGAUACACACAUACUUAACAAUGAUCAUCUCACAAACUAGCAUCACAAAUUAUUUGAAGCAAGCUGUGUUAUUAAAUUAAUAUGAAGCAAAUUCCAAAUGGUCAUGUAGUGGUGUAAGUACUAGGCGACAUCAUCAGACGUCCCUCUCAGAGGGAAAUUACUAACCUACCAGCAUUGCAACCUCGUGUUUUGUAAACACGAAAGCAAUUUUGACAGUGCGGAUUUGUCCUUCUUACUGUGCCAAUCCAGUUGUUCUGUCACGUGAAAAUGUGAAUCUGUUAUUUAUGCAAUGAUUACUCUGAUGCUGAUUUGUUUCUCCAAGAUUCAUGUUGAUUUUGAAACCCAGAGAGGUGAUGCAGGCAGCCAUACGUAAAACAGUAAUAAGCGAUGUGAGUUGCCUUGUUUCGUUGUUGCCAGCAGGCUGGGCUGCGAUUUUGCAAUAAAUUCCGGACCCGGCUUGUUAUAUUAUUUAAUUAA